UUACGACAAUAUCGUAAUAUGAUACGCACCCCGGAACACAUAAAACUGGCGAUAGAUGGAUAGAUUCGACUGACGGACGGAUGAAUUGAUUGAUUGAUAGUCUUAUUGAUGGACGUAUAGCCUGAGAGCUUAGAGAAAGGCAACAGGAGAAAACACCUCCCUUGGAGAAGGGAAGAACAUGCCGAGCUCCUCCACUCUGUUCCUCCUCGCUGUACUUUCUCUUCCUCUUCUCAUCGUCCUCCUGUUCUCCUCCUUCGCUAUGUACUCCUCUCACCUCCAUCGAGGAGACCAGCCUCAGGCCGGAUUCAACCUCGGCGAUGCAGUUCUCGACCUCACCCGAAGUCCCAUUCUUAGCCCAAAGUCUUCGAGCAAUCUCACCGCUGUCCCCUCCUCUCCAUUACAGUUUGGGGCGUUAGUCCAUGCAGGGAUGGCGAGUUUGGACAUGGCGGCUUCAGCGGUCGGGGCGGAGUUGGACAUGGGCAAGUUGGCCUUCCCUAGGGGGCAAAUCGAGAACUGGGGUGAUUCUGGCGUUGUCGUCACCAGCCUGAGGACAGACACCUCCACCGACGUCGACGCAGAUGAAGGGAAUCCGGCGAUUGGACUUAGUCAAGAAGGAGCUAUUGUGUGUCUGGAUUCAUCUACUGCGUCGAGGGAGAAAACAGGGGAUCAGAAGACACUCCGUAGGCUAGCUCAGAAUCGCGAGGCUGCACGGAAAAGCCGCUUGAGGAAAAAAGCAUAUGUUCAGCAGCUAGAGAGUAGCCGUUUGAAGUUGAUACAACUUGAGCAGGAGCUUCAACGAGCACGACAACAGGGAAUCUUUAUUGCAGGCGGAUUCUUGGGAGACCAUAGUUAUUCAGUUGGAGGAAAUG